AUGGCUCCCAAGCAAGAAUCCUCCGAUGAGGGCUCCAUAGACCCUCAACUCGAGUGGGAGUUGGAGGCAGGGAUCCCACAGGUCGACGACCCAUUCAUCCAGAAAUACUACGCGGGGAGGCAGGCGCUGAUAGCCCAAGAGAAGAAAAAGCGACAUGACCGUCUCUUCAAACAGACCAUGACGCCCAUCGCCAAACAGGCUGCAAAGAUCAUGGCCUCGAUCCGCCGCCGGGAGUUGAAGACAGUCUGGACAUCUGAAUUCGAAGAAUCCCUGAUGGACAAGAAUGGCGGCAACCUGUAUCCUGGCAUGAUGUUCACUCUGGCACGCGACCGGAUAGAAACCACCGAACUAUGGAAGAUCAUUGAGCGCAUGCCCAAGGGGGCUUUACUUCAUGCUCACCUUGACGCCAUGAUUGAUAUUGACUGGCUGGUCGAUCAGGCCUUGGCCGAGAAGGGCUUUUGUAUCCUUGCACCCGAAGCACUCAGCGACAGGGCCAAGAGAACUACAGGCUUAAUGCAAUUCCGGUUUUAUCCUGACGAGGAGAUCAACAAGCAGAAGAAGCCAGCGAAUAUUUGGAGCGCGGACUACACACCGAACACGCCUGUCCCCAUGAGGGAGGCGCAGCGGUCAUUCCCUGACGAUGACACCACAUUCAAAAAGUGGCUGAUUAGCAGGUGCACCAUUACCGCGGAGGAAUCUCUUUGCCACCACCACGGGUUGGAUGCGAUCUGGCGGAAGUUUACCAGCGCCUUUUCCGUCAUUGGCGGGCUGUUGUACUACGAACCCUUCUUUCGGCGAGCCUUGUCACGACUAUUCGGACAGCUGGCGAGCGACGGCAUCACUUACGUCGAUCUCCGGGCCGCGUUCAUGUUCGAGUAUCGACCACAAGGUCAGACGCACGGGCAGGUAGGCCAGUUCGACGAGUUCUUCACCGCGUUCGACGAGGAGAUUGAAAAGUUCAAGAAAACCGAUGCUGGGAAAAACUUCACUGGCGCACGCAUGAUCUGGACGGUGUUCCGCAGAUUGGACAACCGAGCGAUAGCCGCGGCUAUGACGGAAUGCAUUCGGAUCAAGAAGAAGUUUCCCCAUCUCGUUUGCGGCUUCGACCUCGUCGGCCAGGAAGACAAAGGUAGGACGCUGAAAGACCUGACGCCCAUGCUAUUCUGGUUUCGGAAACAGUGCGCCGAAGCAGGGGUCGAUCUGCCCUUUUUCUUCCACUCUGGUGAGUGUCUGGGCGACGGCGACAGCACCGACGAGAACCUGUUCGACGCGAUCCUGCUCGGGACGAGACGCAUCGGACACGGAUAUUCGCUGUACAAACACCCGCUUCUGAUCGACAUGGUCAAGGAGAAGAAGAUCCUGGUCGAAACUUGUCCGAUCUCGAAUGAGAUUCUACGACUGUGCAGUUCUAUCCUCACUCACGCUGUACCUGCCCUGCUGUCCAGAGGUGUAUCCGUGUCACUGAACAAUGAUGACCCGGCCAUCCUGGGCCACGGCAAGAACGGGCUCAGCCACGAUUUCUGGCAGGCAUACAUGGCCUUUGAGAAUCUGGGGCUGGAGGGGCUCGGAACCAUGGCCGAAAACUCGUUGAAAUGGAUGGCCAUCGAAGAUCAGAAGCCCGCAGAGUGGACACGCACGAUUACCGAGGGCUAUAUGGGCAAAGGGAUCAAAGCGAAGCUGCUUCGUGAAUGGCGGACCGAGUUCGAGAAGUGGUGUCAGUCCAUUGUUAUGGAAUAUCCUCUGGAGCUUGACAGUGAUGAAGAAGAUGAGGACGAGGCCGAAGAGUCAGACGAUGAGGAGGAAGAUGAAUGA